GCAAGAAUCAAUCAAAAAAAAAACAUGUAAUCAAAACUAGUUUACGUUUACUAUCAGUCUCAGAUGUUAAGUCUGCUACAAACUACACAUUUCUAUCGAGAAUUCAAAGUUGACAGUUAUGUUAGAAUCUUGUUUUGAAAAAUUAAGUCGCCGAAAUACAGCCGGUAUGUGCCGCAACUUUAGCAGUGUGUAUACAAAUACAAGAACUUUAAAUCACACGAUGACUUACUCCACAGCAGAAAGUCAUGCUUCUCAGCUGUGAAGUUGACAUGCGUGGGUUGAAAACGACGUAUAAUCAAAGUUUUGAUACUUAAUAAUUAAAAAAUAAUUACCAGAAUGGCCGAGGAAGGUGGCAUUUGGGAGGAACUUUCGGAAAUACCGCCGGAUCCUCCUAAAAUGCGUGACAAGUGUUCUCAGUGCAGACGUCCUUCUGGUGUGUGUUGGUGUCCUGGUUUACCCAAACAGCCUUUGAAUCCAGCUUCAAGAAUAAUUAUACUGCAGCACCCAGCGGAAGUCAAACGAUGCCUGAGGACAGCACCAAUGCUCACUCUUUCACUUGGAAAUGAAAAAUGUUUAACUUACAUUGGUAAAAAGUUUCCUAGCAUGACGAAACAUAACGGAUUGGCAGAAAUUUUAAAUGAUCCUAACACAAUUCUGCUCUAUCCAUCCCCUGAUGCAGUGCCAUUAAAUGAAGUAAAUGCUGUAGGAAUAGAUAAUCAAAAGCCUUAUAAUUUAGUUCUACUGGAUGGAACUUGGCCGCAAGCUAAGGCCAUGUAUACUGCAAGUCCAACUUUAAAAAAAAUGCGCUCUUGUAAACUUGUGGAUGUACCAACAAGUGAAUAUGUUAUAAGAACACAACCUGCAGAAGGAUGUCUAUCAACUCUUGAAACAGGUGCUUUUGCACUUUCAAUAGUGGAAAAUAAUCCAUCAAUUAGAAAUGAAAUGCUAGGUCCUUUAAAACAUUUAUGCAAAUUUCAACUAGAUAAUGGAGCAGUAACUCAUCAAAGUAAAGAAUUUUUAGUGAAACAAAAAAGUUAUCCAAAGCUCAUAGGGAAAAGACUUGCUAAACAAUUAAAAACAAUACCUGAUACUCAAAAACUUGAAAAAGAUUGUUAAACAAAAACUGUUAUUACAUACAUACAUAUUUAUAUUUACAAAUUUUAUUUAGUUAAAUAUUUUGUACACUUAUAUUAGUAAUAUUAUCAAAUGUGACUUUGCAUUGAUUAAAAAUGUUCAAUUUUUGUACAAAAAGUUAUGAAAACUACUUUUAAAUCAUUAAACAUA